AUGUUAUUGUCAUAACUUCUUCUUCCAAGUAUUGACUUGAACACUAUUUUAUGAACACUAUUACGCGAUAUGAUAUCAAUCAAUUUUACAAUGUAACGUAUGAAAAGAAUUGAUGAAUAUUACUGCAUUUUACAAUAAACUAUCACCAUAGAAUCAAGAAUUGAAUAUAUGUCUUAAAGGACGAAUACAAUCCAUAUUGUGAGGAUUUUGAAAUAAAAGAUAAAAAAUAAAAGCAUAAUUUACAUAAAAUAAAGAUCAUCAUGAUUGGACCAGAUUUACCAGAAAUACCACUACCUUUGAAAAAUAUACAGCAGUAUCUAAAGAUAGCAUCACAACAUGACCAACGAGAUCCUGUUGUUGGUUAUUGGUGUCGGGUGUAUGCCUUCCAAACAGGAUUCAAGUUAUCAACCAAAACUGCAAAAGAAACAAAUUUUCUAAUGGAAUUAAUGGAUUGGUUAGAAAAAACUAAAAAGAAAUUACACGAUAAUGAAGCUAUUACAAAUGAUGUAGCUGCCCAGGCUCAUUUAGAAAAUUGGGCAUUGAAGCUGUUUCUUUAUGCAGAUAAAAAUGACAGAGCUGCUAAUUUUGAAAAGAAUGUAGUAAAAAGCUUUUUUACAGCUGGAUUACUUUAUGAUGUAUUAACCGUGUUUGGAGAGCUAACUGAAGAAGCUAUACAAAAUAGGAAAUAUGCCAAAUGGAAGGCUGCAUAUAUUCACAACUGCCUGAAGAAUGAUGAGACACCAAUUCCAGGACCCAUGCAAGAGGGUAAUGAGAAUGAUGAUUUGAAUAAAAAUAUGGAAGAAGAUUCACUAAUAACAGAGGCAAAAGAAGAUGAUACACUAAACGCAGACGAAUUAGUCAGUACCCGUAAUACUAACCCACCCGACGCAGUACAUGGUACAACAAUUAAAGACAGUAUCGACAAAUGGUCUUCUGGCAAUAAAGAUUGCAAAACUCUUAUGGAAACAGAAGGUGGAGUUGAAUUGUCAGUGGAGCAAAUUGGCAAAGCACAAAAAUUUAUUAAAUGGGCUGGAAGUGCUUUAAAUUACGACGAUGUGCCUACAACUGUAUUGAAUCUUCGAAAGGCUUUACAUCUCUUAACCACUGGUCAAGAACUUGAAUGAUCAAAACUAAGCUUAAAAAUGUUGAUGAAAUGGAUUAUUUCAUCUAAUCUGAUAAAUGAUAAAUUUUAUUGCUCCUAAACAAUAAAGUAGAUACGAAUAUUUAUGAUUUAAUUAAUGCAAAAGUAAAAA